AUGAAGAGAAUCGAUUUUAGAUUAAGCGAACGAUGUGGUGCACUGAUUGCAAUACUUCUUUUCGAACUAUUUUUCAUCUUAACUUAUCCAUGGCAAUUUCUGGGUGGCACAAUAAGAAUUAAAGACGUGACAACUAAUGCGACAGGCUGUGAUGCGGUUGUUUAUGAAUGGUGUGCUACGUCACAUGCAGUAAGUCCAAUUGUAUACAUUGCAUCAAUGGUCGCUGUCCUCGGAGUGGCUAUUACACUGAUCACUAUCACUAUUGACACUCUGUAUUCGAAAAUUCUUGGAAACAUUGAACAGGUUACCAAAUAUAGCUUUUUUGCACAAACUCAUCUCUUUAACACAUAG